AUGGACCCGUUUAGGCCGAGGGGGUCCUUGCGUAGGACCCCUCCAAGGGAGGUGCGCGCGGUGGGCGAGUCGUCUGUCACGACUCCGCCCGAGGUUUUGGAGAUGGCCCAAGCGGCCUUUGAUUCGGUUAUCGCUGCAGCAUCUGGAUCCCCAAAAGGCAUUCCGGCCUACCCCCCGACCCCAACAUUCUCCCCCGCGCCCGUGGGGGACCUAGCACCUCUGGCGCUUACUGAGCGCAUGCGCCCAGCGGCCGCUAAACGAAUUUUAUCGCCAGACACCCAGGCGGAGACAGAGCCAAAGCGCCGCACCGCUCGUGACUUGUCAGUGGUCAGUGGCCCGACUGAUCUCCUCGCGCCUCCAAUCGUACAUACCCCAGCGACGGAAUAUGGCUCACCGUUCUCUUCCGGGGACGAGGACUUCCUCCUCGGUGACGAGGAGCUGGGAAGGGCGACUACACGGCAGCUGCCGGUCAAGGCGAACGCGGCGUGUAGAAGUAUCGCGGCGGUGGCAUUCAGACAGGCAUCUCGCCUCAACAAGGCGGAUCUGGCCAUAAUUAACGGCCAGCUUCGGGUGCUCGCCGAGAUCGUGGGGCACUGCUGCGUUGUGGUGGAAGGCCAAAAGACGGCUAACGCGGGACUCGAAAGGAACCAGGGACUAUUAAACGAGGCCCGCGUGCGGGAAGCCGCGCGAGCGUCAAGAGCGGAAGCGGAGGCCGAACGGGCCAGAGCGGAGGCGGCAGCCGCUGCUGCAACAGCUGCAACAGCUGGGACGACCGGUGAGGGAUGGCAGACUGUCAACUACGCUAGGGCGUUGAAACGAGCCCCCAAAGCCCCCCAACUCAUUAUACCCCCCCACCCCGGAGCAACAUUGGCAAUAUACCCUGCGGAGGGCAGUGACCUCAAGACGGCAGACCAAACUAAACUGGUCUUGAAGAAAUCGGUGGAACCGCGCGAGCUAGGAACCCAGAUAAUGGUAGAUCGGACGGGCCAGAGGCUACCGACAGAUCGCGGGCAGUGCGGCGCUUGGGGUCCGUCUCGGCCUGUGCGUCCGGCGAGAGGAUGCGUUUUGCGGCGCCGGGGCGCUGGCGUUCUGGCGCCAAGGGCUCCUGAUCUUGCAAGGGUGCGGGAGAAAACGUCGGGGUGGGGGAUACGCCGGGAUACUCCUCGGCGAUGCCGCAGCGAGGACAGAGUCGAAGGCCGCCUGUGCCAGCUCCAGGACCUCAGGCGUCGUCCUCAUGACCCCCUCCCCGGCUGCGCGCAGCUCCGUUGGAGGGGUCCUCCGCAGGGUCCAUCGGCCGAGGGGGGGUCGGGGAGGGCGCGAAUCCGCACCCCUGGCACUCGUGACACGGCUCAAGCGAGCGAAGUCGGCAGUGGCUGGGUGCGUCCGGAGUGUGAGCGAGCGUUUACAACCAAGAUUGGAUUGGGUGUGCAUAAAAGGCGCGCCCAUCCUUUGACGACCAACAUCGACGCUGCCCCUGCGCAGAUCAAGCGGCGGUGGCGAGAAGAGGAGGUGGCUUUGCUGGCGAAGACGGAAGCGCGUCUGGUAAGGGAGGGUGUUCAGUGUACAAAUCAAGAACUGGCCAAAAUACUGCCCCACUUAGGCAGAACGGUGGAGGCCAUCAAAGGCAAGAGGAGAGUUGAAUAUAAGAAAGCGGUCCAGUGGUGGCUGGACACGCACAAGGAGCAGACCCCCCAAGUAACAACCACAAGUGAGGAACCGGAGCCUAGCAACACUGAACAACCAACCGAACCGGGUGCGCCGAUGACGGAACUGGCGGCACCUCUUCGAAGUACGCCCAGAGCUGCGUCUGUGCAGUUGCAAUCCACCGAGACCGGUGACGCGGAUAUACUCUCGGAACUUUUUGAGCUGGCCGAGAGGAGGAACGCGAGGUCCGUUACGCGGAAGUGCCCUAGUCGCGCAUCUGCCGAAAUCAUCGACGGCCAGGGCCGCGGUGUGAGGCACAGCCUUGAUGAACUGGAAGCCUACUGGCGGCCAAUCAUUGAGACUGUGUCGGACGCCCCGGGCCCCGCUCCGGAAGCUUUGCGUAAAGCGAAGCACUCCGCGCAGCAUGGGGAGCUCGUCGAUGUCGAGCGGCUGAUGAUGCCCUUUUCCGUUGAGGAAGUGAGGGCGUCGCGGGUUGACGGGCGCUCCGCACCCGGUCCGGACGGGAUACUCCCGGGGGACUGGAACGCAAUUCCUGCUGUGAGACCCAGGCUACUCUUUUCAAUGCGUGGCUUGCACGAGGCGAGGCCCCGAUGCGACUGA